AAGGCAAAAAAAUGCCUCUGAUAAAGGAGACAUGGACUUAGACAUGUAUGAAGGAUAUUGUGGUACAGCCACAGUCCCACCUCAUCAUUUCUUUUCCCCUUUCUAACUGUAAAAUCACAAAUCACUCUCUUUCUCCUUCAACUUCUACAAAAAUCUACAACACAGCCAAACACUUCUCUAUAUAUUAUAAUUUCAUCCAUUAACUUCAAAUAAACAAGAACUGAUAACUGAGUUCAUUUUUCUAUUGCACAUUUCAUUCGUAGCCAAGAUGCGGAGCAUGAGCAGCUCCUCCGCCACGAAAGGCAUCGCUGCUAUUGUCGGUGUCGGACCAAAGCUCGGCCGAUCAAUUGCUCGUAAGUUCGCUCACGAAGGCUACACUGUCGCUAUUCUUGCUCGUGACUUAGGGAGAUUAUCAAGAUUUGCGGAAGAAAUAGCGAGGGAAGAAAAGGCGCAAGUAUUUGCGAUAAGAAUAGACUGUUCGGAUUCGAAAAGUGUAAGAGAAGCAUUUGAAGGAGUUCUUUCUCUUGGAUUUGUAGAAAUUCUUGUUUAUAAUGCUAAUCAAUCGGUUCCUAAUUGGCGUCCUACAAAUUUUACUGAUAUUCGAAUCGAUUCGUUCGAGAAAUCUCUCGCUGUUUCCUCCAUUGGAGCUUUCCUUUGUGCUCAGCAGGUACUUCCAGGCAUGGUGGAAAGAGGAAAAGGGACUAUUCUUUUUACUGGAUGUUCAGCUUCUUUAAAUGGUAUUGCUGGCUUCUCUGAAUUAUGCUGUGGAAAGUUUGCAUUGAGAGGAUUAUCACAAUGCUUGGCAAGGGAGUUUCAGCCUCUAGGAGUGCACAUUGCGCAUGUUAUCAUCGAUGGUGUUUUGGGCCCACCAUCUAGGUGGGCAUCAAGCUCUCAAAGAACGUCAGCUGGGGAGCAACAACAAGAACAUACUACUAGAAGGGCAAGUGGAGGUGUAGAACUAAUGGACCCAGACUCUGUUGCAUUAACCUACUGGCAUUUGCAUGUUCAACACCGCACCGCUUGGACCCAAGAAAUCGACCUUCGUCCCUCCAAUUCCACACACUCAUAAUUUUUUCGAGGUAAAAUAUAUUUAUUUAUUCAUAAUUUUGAUCAGUUCGUUAAAUAUAUCAAAUUUUUAAAUUUUAUCAUAAAUAUCAUUAUUUUUUCAAUCUUUUAUCAAACAUAUUCGUAGUUUGAAGCUGACAUGAGUGAUGAUAUACGUCUAUCCGACGUAUAUAACAUCGUGCACGUCAGCUUUAUAUAAACUGCAAAUUUAUUUGACAAUGAUCGAAAAAUAAUAAUAUACUACAUGAUAAAAUUUGAAUAUUAUUGUGUAUUUAACAAACAGACUCAAAUUAUGAUUAAAUAAACAUAUUUUAUCUUCUUAUACUCACCAAAUUCCAUCCUUUUGCUUUCAGUUUGUCAUCUCCCAUCUCCAUGCAUUAAUUCUCAUGUUCAUAUAUCCAAUAUUUCUGGUGCUUUCCAUAGCUAUGAUUAUGUUAAUUUUGAGCAAAAUUGCAUUACUUUGAUGAUGUUUAGCUAUAUUUUUUAUUUGGUUUGUAUCAUCUUUUUGCUUUUUGUCAUCCACAUGUACCAUUUUGUUUUGUUCCUUGGCCAUAUCCAAUUGAAGGAUGCACUCAUUUGUAAAAAAUUCUUUGUUACCCAUUAUUUUUCUCAUCAUCCCUUUAUGGAAUUGGAAGUACUUGUACUA